AUGACGAUCAUAUUGUUGUUUUUGCUUGGUUGCAGCUUCUUCUCAGCGUUUGGAGUGAAGCUGCACUAUGAUAGUUUCGAGCAGGUCAUAGGACAGGAUGUUUGUUUUUGUGAUAUACGUGUUCGCAAGUUCAAUCGAACCACGGCAGUGUUGAAUGGUACCAUCUACCUUUACAAUGAGUUCGACAACAAUUUGAUAUUUUCACUCGACGUAUACUACAGCCGACUGGGAAAUCAGCAGUACAAUCAUCUGCCUAUAAAGCUACCGACGAGUGGGCUGUGCGAUUUCAUGGAUAAUAUUAACAAAUUCUACCCGGAGGUAGUAAAAUACUUUAUCAAUUCACCGCCAGCAGGAGAGUGUCCCGUCAAACGCCGAGAAAUUCACGUUUUGGAUCUAGAAUAUCCCAGCCAUAUUAUUCCAACCGUAUUUCAACGAAAAGGACUAUGGAAAACGGUGGUGCACGGUUGGCAAGAUGGAAACGAAGUUAUACAGUACACCACAAUUGCCAAAGCGACCGAUGAUUGA